CUCUUGUUUUUAUUUUAUUAAAAUUGACAUUGUUCUGCUUAGUUUUCAGAUAUUUCAAGUGCGAACAGAGACUUAUUUGGAUUAUGUGUUUCUCAGCUAGACUAAAUAAAUGUUAACAAUGGAUAAGUGCAAACACAUUGAGCAAUUGCGGCUUGCUCAAGACCAUUCCAUCCUCAACCCUCAGAAAUGGCAUUGUGUGGACUGCAAUACAACUGAGUCAAUCUGGGCUUGCCUUAGCUGUUCCCACGUUGCCUGUGGAAGAUACAUCGAAGAACAUGCACUCAAGCACUUUCAAGAAAGCAGUCAUCCUGUUGCAUUGGAGGUGAAUGAGAUGUAUGUUUUUUGUUACCUUUGUGAUGAUUAUGUUCUUAAUGAUAAUGCAACCGGAGACCUGAAGUUACUACGAAGUACAUUAAGUGCAAUCAAAAGUCAAAGUUAUUAUUGCACCACUCGUAGUGGAAGGGUUUUACGGUCUAUAGGUAUAAGUGAUGAUUCUUAUUUCUUAAAUGAUGGUGCCCAAUCUCUGCUUCAAAAUGAAGAUCAAAUGUAUACUGCUCUUUGGCACAGGAGAAGGAUCCUAAUGGGUAAAAUCUUUCGAAUUUGGUUUGAACAGUCACCCAUUGGAAGAAAAAGGCAAGAAGAACAAUUUCAGGAAAAAACAGAAAAAAGAGAAGUGAAGAAAAGACGGCAAGAAUUAGAACAUCAGGUUAAAGCAGAAUUGGAAAGUAUGCCUCCAAGAAAGAGUUUACGUUUGCAAGGUCAAGUUCAGUCCACCACAGUAGAGAUAGUUCCUGUUCAAGAACCACUACAAACCUCAGCAUCACCAGCAAAAGAUGAUGUAGUAUCUACCUCAGAAGAUGUAAAAUUUAAAAAAGCCAGUGAUUCCUCAGUUAAACAAAGGCCAAUCGUAACUCCUGGUGUAACAGGAUUGAGAAAUUUAGGAAAUACUUGCUAUAUGAAUUCUGUUCUUCAAGUGUUGAGUCAUUUACUUAUUUUUCGACAGUGUUUUUUAAAACUUGAUCUGAACCGAUGGCUGGCUGUGACAGCUAGUGAUAAGACAAGAUCAUCUUAUAAGCAUCCACCAGUCACAGAUACACUAUAUCGAAUGAAUGAAUGCCAAGAAAAAGAUACAGGCUCUGUUUUCUCUAGACAUCCAAGUUUAUCCUCCAGACUAACUGGUGGAGUAUCAAAGAGUAGAAAGAUGGAACUUAUUCAGCUAAGGGAGUCAAGUUCACAAUACAUUUCUCUCUGUCAUGAAUUGCAUACUUUAUUCCAAGUCAUGUGGUCUGGAAAGUGGGCCUUGGUCUCACCAUUUGCUAUGCUACACUCUGUGUGGAGACUAAUUCCUGCUUUUCGUGGUUAUGCCCAACAAGAUGCUCAGGAAUUUCUUUGUGAACUUUUGGAUAAAAUACAACAUGAACUAGAAACAACUGGUACCAGGUUACCAGCUCUUAUCCCCAUUUCUCAAAGGAAACUUAUCAAACAGGUUCUGAAUGUUGUGAAUAACAUUUUUCAUGGACAACUUCUUAGUCAGGUUACAUGUCUUGCAUGUGACAACAAAUCAAAUACCAUAGAACCUUUCUGGGACUUGUCACUGGAAUUUCCAGAAAGAUACCAAUGUAGUGGAAAAGAUACUGCUUCCCAGCCAUGUCUGGUUACUGAAAUGUUGGCCAAAUUCACAGAAACAGAAGCUUUAGAAGGAAAAAUCUACGUAUGUGACCAGUGUAACUCAAAGCGUAGAAGGUUUUCCACAAAACCAGUUGUACUCACAGAAGCCCAAAAACAGCUUAUGAUUUGCCACCUACCUCAGGUUCUCAGACUACACCUCAAACGAUUCAGGUGGUCAGGACGUAAUAACCGGGAGAAGAUUGGUGUUCAUGUGGGCUUUGAAGAAAUCUUGAACAUGGAGCCUUACUGCUGCAUGGAGUCAUUGAAAGCCCUCAGACCAGAAUGUUUUAUCUAUGAUUUAUCUGCUGUAGUAAUGCAUCAUGGGAAAGGAUUUGGCUCAGGACACUACACUGCCUACUGCUUUAAUUCUGAAGGAGGGUUCUGGGUACACUGCAAUGAUUCCAAGCUAAGCAUGUGCACUAUGGAUGAAGUAUGCAAGGCCCAAGCUUAUAUCUUGUUUUAUACCCAGCGAGUUACUGAGAAUGGACAUUCUAAACUCUUGCCUCCAGAACUCCUAUCUGGUAGCCUACCUCCCAAUGAAGAAGCUGAUACCUCCGAGAUCCUUAGCUGAUCCUAAGACAGUGAGCUUCUUGCGAUUUGUACAUAUACUUUUUGAAAGGGCUGACUUAAAAUUUUGAGCUUCAUUGUUUUUUUACUUAAAAAUCAGUGCACACUGUUUAUAUAUUUUGUAUCUAACUUCGUCUUUUUACAGGGACAAAGCAUACAUAUGUAUUAGUGACAGCAGGUAACUAAACUUUUGUCAUGUACUUGGGAGUUUUAAGCUUUUAGUGUUUACCUCAGACUAGUGUUACCUCUUUUAUAUUUUGAUGUCUUAAUUGGCUCAGAUCAUGAAUUUGUGCAAUCAACUGAAAUUCAGGUGGCAUCAUUUUAUACAUUUCUUAUUUAUCUUUUGUAGCUAUUUUCUAUACAAAUUCAAUUCUUAUUCGAUGGAAAAUUAGACUUCACUGUCUUAACAAAAAAAAAAAAUCUAAACGGUAUUUCUUUCAGGCCAUUUGUAUGUUAAUGUUACCUUUGCCCCUUUAAGGGAGUUAGACUACUACUUUCAAAGAGAAAUAUCAAGGUAUUGUCUAAAUACUCAUCAAUCUAUUCCUGAGGCUUUGUGUGUUACAGGGCUCAGAAAACAUUGUCAUUAAUGGAACUUAUUUUUCAAAAAUUAUUGUUUUAAUAAUUAUUUGGCAUAGACAUACACAUAUGAAAAUGACAGCUUAAUAAAUAGUGUGUUUAAAUGACUUUAGUACUAUGGACAUGAAAACAAUGAUGGCUGGGACUUAUGAUGAUUUGUCUGGCAGUGAACAGGUUUGUCCAGAUUCUAAUAAUAAAGCAGUCAGUCAUAUUAAAAAUUUGAAUUUACCGAACUUUGUAUUAUGUUAUACAAGUACAAUUUAACUUGGAUAUGAGUCCAUUUUAUGUUUAACAUUAGAACCUCUUAAGGCUUCGUACUGUAUCACUUUUUGAGAUUUUAUUUAAAGGGAUAAAAAUAAGCCUUGAAGAGAAAAAAUUGCAUAGGGCAGAGAAAAUAACUGUUCAAAAUUGGCAACUGGCAGCAGGCAUCUCAUUUCUCUAACUAAAGCCUGGACUACUCUUGCUAGGAUUAUGUGACUACUAGGAGCCUUUUAACAUAUUUAAAUACCAGGCCCUGACAUUUUAAAAAAUUAUCUAAACUUGCAUUUUAUUAAAAAUGUAGUAUGAAAUAAUCUUUGCUCUUGCCUAAUAAUCUUACUAGAUUUCUUUAAAAUACUACUGCUGCUAACUUUAUUUCAGAAAGAGGAAAAUCUACCAACCUCUGUUAAUCUGAUCUUAGCCCGGUAUUAACCACUGCAAGAUCAUUUCUCUUUUUAAGUGGGUUUGCUUGCAGGUUGAAAUCUUAAGAUAUCCUAUAGAAUGCUGUUCUCCCCUAGUGAUCAUCUACAAGUUUGAGAAGGACCUCUAUUAGUAAAUUUUCCUUAAAUUUCAGAGGACAAGUCAUAUGAAGCAGCUGACUGUAAAGUGCAAUGAGAAUUUAUCACUGAACAGACAAAUCAUUUAUGCCAAAAAUACAGCUUGUGUUAAAUGACUAAGGUUUAAAAUCAUUCAUUAAGUAUCUAUGCAAGUUGUUACCUCAACUGUUAAUUAUACCUCAUUAAAGAUUUUUGUGGUCAAAAUACCUGCGUUUUCCCUUUUUUAAUUUCAAGGAUUACUUUAUACCUAGGUUAACUGCUAUACAUUUUAGCACCUAAUUUUAGUGGGAUUUUUAAAAACUCUGGAAGCUAUGUUAUUUAUAUAAUGGUGUAAUUUGCUUGUUUCAGUACUUAUUUCAAUGUAAUAUAUAAGAAAGAAAUAAAGUAGCGUAGCUUUCUUGAUCUUUUCAAACUAAAACCAAUGGGGCAGGCUGUAUGUGUGAUGUCAAGGUAUAUGGGAAUUCUGUACUUUAUGCUCAAUAUUGCUGUGAACCUAAAUCUGAUCUAAAAAAACAUUAAGUAUUAAAACUAAAACCUAGACAAUGAA